UUUUAAUUCUAGAUACAUCUCUUUUUAUCCAUUUUGAUGACAAGUAUUUUCGGACGGAGGGAGUACAAAGGGUCUGGAUCCAUCGCCGCUGCUGCUGGUGCCGCCAUGGUGGGCGCUGCAAAGGAGGCCAAGCUGUUACGUGAGAAUCUGAGCAAUCUAGGCUGUGACGAAGAAAUGUCUGCUUCCAUUCGGGAGGAAGCCUGUUGCAUUCUGCAGGACAUGCACACUGAAGCUUUUGGUGCUAAUGGGAAGAACAGCAUUGCUGCUGCUGAUGAUGGAGCAGAGAAAUCUACUAGGAUCAGCACUGCUGGGAAUUUGACUUGUACUGCAGCUAAUGGCAAGGAAGAUUGCAAGAGGGAGCUAGGAAGUAAUGGUUGUACAGAAUGGAAUGAUGAUAAGGAAAACAUGGAGAGUAGUAAUGGGAACAACAUUGUUGCUGCUGCUGCUGGAGUAGGGAAAUCUUCAAGGAUCAGAGCUCUUGGGGAUUUGAUUUGUACUGCAUCUAGUGGCAAGGAAGAUAAGAAGAGGACACUAAGUAAUGGGUGCACAGAAACGAAUGAUGCUAAGGAAAACAUGGAGAAUGUGAAUCAGAAGACUGGGGAAGAAUACGUGUGGAAAAAGAAGACCGAAGAAGAAGCUUACAUGGAAACUGCAUAAUAACUCAGGCCAAACUAGAAAAGGGAGAGAAGUGGGAGAGGAUGGCUAACUUGACGUGGGCUGAUGGUUGUGGUGGAACUUAGUUGAGAUGGUCUUUUAUAGUUGUGAGAUUGUCUGUUUCCUUCAGUACCUAUAUAUUAACGUUGGAUUGAUGCCAUGAACCAUAUUUUGAACCUGCUUGGUUUGUAAUCAAAUCUGGGUAAUAUUAGCGGUCCACCUUUGGAACUGAAGUUAUGGUUUACUCCCUCUGUUCUGAAAUUGUUGUUGGUAGGAGUAGGAGACAACAUUUUCUACAGAAUGCCAAUUUUACAUCCACAUCCUUGAGAUUUCAGAUGGCGCUGGCGCUGCCAUGGUGGGUGCUGCAAAGGAAGCCAAGCUGUUACGUGAGAAUCUGAGCGAUCUAGGCUGCGACGAAGCGGCGUCUGUUUCCAUUUGGGAGGAAGCCUGUUGCAUUCUGCAGGACAUGCGCACUGAAGCUGAUGGUGCUAAUGGGAAGAAGAACAGCAUUGCUGCUGCUGCUGAUGAUGAUGGAGCAGAGAAAUCUACUAGGUACGGUCUAUAAACUGGAAUCAUGUCGCGAGUCAAAAAGGUC